AUGGUCAGCCCGGAGAUGGUCUCCAUGGAUGAUGCAGCGCGAGGUGAGCGGGAAGAGGAAGAGGUGAAGGUGGAUGCCAUGCUGGCAAGGAUGGAUGAGCUCAUGGCCAUGGUGUCGAUAGCAACCAGCGACGAUGACUUUCGAGAAAAGAGGCAGCACAUCGCCAAGAAACUGCGAAGAACAUCCAUUCAGCUAAUGCGGACGGCAUUUGGAGGGAAAGGCAAGGAAGACGACAUGAGCGGAAGCGAAGAGUGGGAAGGAGCAUCGGCGAUAUCCCACGAUUCACAGCCUGCCCCUGCCACGAUCAAGGAACUCUUUCAACGCUCCCGCGAGGCAGACGAAGUUGCAAAGUUGGCCAAGCUCAUCUCCCUGCAGUCCAUCCAGCUGGAGGUCAGUGGCCAGCGAACCCAAGCGGCAGAACAGCGGUGCGAGGCACUGGAAGAGCGUGCCAGAGCUGCAGAAGACUGCAUCGAAGCCCUGGAGGCAGAGUUGACACUGCGACGCCGUCGUGCCGAAGUGCUGGAGCUACACAGAAGGCAGCUUGAAGCGGAAAAUGUCGAACUGCAGAGACGCCUCCAGAACCUGCACCCCGAAAAGGAGAAUAAAGAGGAGGGUUCCGCCGAGAGUCUGCACGAGCAGGCUACACGGCUCCUCGAAAAGCUCAGUCAGCCGCGAAGUAGCCAUUCGGUCGCAGCCGGCUUCAUGCUUGAGGGAAGUGUGUCACAAGCUCAUGAAGGUGCUGGGAGAGCUCAAGGGUCAUGUGCAGCAAGCGCCAGGCCUCGAGGCACCAGCGCGACAGCAACGCUGGACUCCAAGAGGUGUGAGAAUCCAGGCGACGUCAAGGUGAGAUGGGCAGAUUGGCAUGUGCAGCCAGGAGUGCAGCUGCAUUUUGAGCGAGCGCUCAAAGCCGCACCGAUGAAGGAAAUUCCAAAAGGACACGCCUCGGCUCCGACACCGCGCUUUGCUGUGACAGGAGUCCCCGUGUCUCGACGAACAUUGCCUGCUCGAGUUGAGACUGCAAGGAGCCCAUGGCAGGCUAUGACCUGGAACACGGCCCUUGUGCCUGGGAGGAGAGGAAAGUGA